UCAUAACCGGAAUCGACAUAAAAUAUGGUCAACUGUGUGUAAAUAUAAGCUUGACAAGCGCAUAAGUUGACUGAAAUGGCUUUCGAUGGUCUCCCGUUAUCUGACUCUUCCUUUGUUGCCGUUGCAACAAUUUGUUGCAGUUUGUCGUGUCCUUGCCACCCAGAUUUUGUGGCUAACUGCCAUUUUGCGAGCACCAGAUGUGAAAAGCAAUUACUCAACUCCCGACUAAGGAGUUGCCUUUUACGUCACAAUACUGUAUUUAGUCCAUAUCGGAAUACUCGGAAUAGUCAGAUUAAAUGAAAUAAAAUUUCAAGCGAAAGCAAAUACUUUCUGUUGAAUAAAUUGCCCCUUCAAGUGAUCUCAGAUGGAUAAAAGUAACACCCAGAAGAUCGUCGCCAUUGAUUCGAAGAGUGAGGCUGAGAAAAGUUUAUCUGAAGACCCCAUAUCUGAUAUGAUGUCCCAGACGGCUAUAAGCGAUAAUCCCAAGAUCGUUGUGGAUGCGAGAGAUGAGGCUGAGAAAAGUUUAUAUGAAGAGUGUACAUCUGAUAUAACGUCUAAGAUGGCUAUAAGUGAUACUCCUACUAUCGUUGUUGAUGCGAGAGAUGAGGCUGAGAAAAGUAUAUAUGAAGAGUGUACAUCUGAUAUAACGUCUAAGAUGGCUAUAAGUGAUACUCCUACUAUCGUUGUUGAUGCGAAAGAUGCGGCUGAAAAAAGUGUAUCUGAAGAUUCUAUAUCUGAUAUAAUGUCUAAGAUGGCUAUAAGAGAUACUCCUACGAUCGUUGUUGAUGCGAAAGAUGAGGCUGGAAAAAGUUUAUUUGAAAACUCUAUAUCUGACAUGCUGUCCAAGAUGGCUAUAGGAGACACCCAUGAGAACGAUGAGGCUGAUAUGACGAUCCACAUGGAUAUAACUGAUACUUCUACGAUCGUUGUUGUUGCGAAAGAUGAGGCUGAAAAAAGUUUAUUUGAAAACUCUAUAUCUGAUAUGCUCUCCAAGAUGGCUAUAGGAGACACCCAUGAGAACGAUGAGGCUGAUAUGACGAUCCACAUGGAUAUAACUGAUACUUCUACGAUCGUUGUUGAUUCGAAAGAUGCGGCUGAAAAAAGUUUAUCUGAAGAUUCUAUAUCUGAUAUAAUGUCUAAGAUGGCUAUAAGAGAUACUCCUACGAUCGUUGUUGAUGCGAAAGAUGAGGCUGGAAAAAGUUUAUUUGAAGACUCUAUAUCUGAUAUGCUGUCCAAGAUGGCUAUAGGAGACACCCAUGAGAACGAUGAGGCUGAUAUGACGAUCCACAUGGAUAUAACUGAUACUUCUACGAUCGUUGUUGUUGCGAAAGAUGAGGCUGAAAAAAGUUUAUCUGAAGAUUCUAUAUCUGUUAUAAUGUCUAAGAUGGCUAUAAGUGUUACUCCUACGAUCGUUGUUGAUGCGAAAGAUGAGGCUGACAAAAGUUUAUCUGAAGAUUCUAUAUCUGAUAUAAUGUCUAAGAUGGCUAUAAGUGUUACUCCUACGAUCGUUGUUGAUGCGAAAGAUGAGGCUGACAAAAGUUUAUCUGAAGAUUCUAUAUCUGAUAUAAUGUCUAAGAUGGCUAUAAGUGUUACUCCUACGAUCGUUGUUGAUGCGAAAGAUGAGGCUGAAAAAAGUUUAUCUGAAGAUUCUAUAUCUGUUAUAAUGUCUAAGAUGGCUAUAAGUGUUACUCCUACGAUCGUUGUUGAUGCGAAGGAUGGAGCUGAGAAAGGUGGGUCUCACGAGGUCAUAUCUGAUACAACGCCCCAGACGGACCAGAUAAGUGACACUUUUAAGAUCGUUGUGGAUGUGGAGAAUGAGGCUGAGAAAAGUGGGUCUCGGGAGUUCAAAACGUAUUUGACGACCCAGAUGGCUAUCGAUGACUCCCUAGAGAUCGACUGUAAUAGGAAGGCCGAGGCGGAGGAAUGCGUAGAACAGUCGCCACAGAAAGACACAUCUGUGGAGCCCAAGAAUGUUGACACAGAUGAUAAGGGACCUGAAGUUGAAGAGCAAGUGCCCAAUAUUGAGGAGCCUGUCGAUACGUGGGACCUGCUCACGGGUCGACAAAACCAUAAGACUGUCGCCAGUGAGUCGGAGAAGUUCAAAAAGCAAGUGGGGUCGAACUCUUAUCGCUCCGGACAGCUUCCGGUGUUUAUGUGGGACUCCAGCUCGGAGGAGGACGAACCCGUAAAGCCUCACGUGGAUAUUAAUUACGAGAAUAUCUUUGAGGACGUGGGCAAGCUGAGCGCGGUGGAAAAGCACCUGCAGCUGCUGUACAGACCCUUCAGCUGUGUGAUCGAGAUGAUCUGCCGGUUCAACAUCUUUGAGCUGUGCAUCCUGAUCUCUGACUCCUGCUACGAUCCGGGCUGCCAUCCCUCGGUCUCGGUCCGCACAGUCAAUCCCACUGGCCUGGUCAAGAUCUAUUCGGGCGGCAAGAUGGUGUCCACCGCCUUGACCGCCGAGUCGGCUCGGAUCUGUCUGUUCAAGGUGGUGCGGAUGGUGGAGGAGUUGGACUUCAAGGUGAACGUGAAGAACCUCAGUCGGAACAUCGUCCACGCCUCCUUCUGCAUGCCCUUCAGCCUGGACCUGGACCGUCUGUACGAGAAGCAUCCCACGAAGGUGACCCGCAACUGUCGCGCUCGGCCCUUCAUCACCUACACCAUCGAGGGGGAGAACAUAGUCUUUGCUAUCUUUCCCAGCGGCUUCGUCCUGGUCCUGCACUCGACCAAGCACUCGGAAACCCGGGCCGCCAUCGCUGCCCUCCUGCCGAUCCUGGCCCAGUGCAAGGACGGAUCCACCAAGCAGUCCGAGAAGCAGGGUCGCAUCUGCGGCGACGUUUCCUUCAAGCUGUUGUGGGAGCACAGGCUCGAGCAGGACAAGGAGGGCAAGCUCCUCUACUCCUAGAAUACCCCUCCGCACCCAGCCGCUCUCCUGCUUCCCGAUCAUCGGUUGGGGUCUCGUUUGUUUUGUUUAAUUUCAUUUUUGUGCUCUGAAAUACCGUGAACAUUUGUCAUAAACCAAAGUUCCGCACGUGCACUGUUUA